AUGCCUGUGCUGCUACUGUCGCUGGCCACAGGCCACCUGAAGCUGCUGCACCCAUUUGCGCUCAUGUUGGACGGCACCCUGGACUGCCUAAGCAACCUGCACUUCAUCCACAUCCGGCAGCUCUUCCGUGUCCUGACCACGCUCACGUUUCACCGCCAGUGCACCGCAGCCCCAGGCCUCAGAGGAAGAUGGUGUCUGUCUCAAUCGAAUGAAGAGCUGAAACGCAGCGGCACCAUCGCUGCUACCACCGUCACCCGCACCUGGCUCACUCUCGCCAACGACACAGACACCUCCAUCGGCCGUGCGUUCCUCAUCUAUGUCGACAAGUGCAAACAGCUGACAUGCUCCGUUGCCACUAGUUCUCCACAGCCACGCCCAGCCAUUUGCCCGCCCAUUGUGGCCUCCGUUUCCUCCCCCUCCCGCCACCACCAACAACCACCAAGAACAAAGCACAUCUGUCGGGAUGCCAUCGCGCCGCAGGUGAACGGGGAUGGCGGACUCACCAUCGACCCACCGCCGCCACGGCCGCUUGGCUUCAGGUCGCUCGCCGACCCCGGCAGGCACGUGUGGAGGGAGCCGGGACCCCAAGCGCACGUUCCAGCACAACAACACCGUCAACACGAUUGUGGUUUGCGCAGACGGACGGGUGCGCCCCAAACGCGGGAGAUGUGCUCUAACUUGUCGCCUGAGUACACGCGCGCGCGCGAGGUGGACAAGGACACGCACGUGGUCGUCAACGAGAAGACGCUGCAGGCGCCGUUCGAGACGAAGCUGAAGCUGCUGUCAGGGAUUGCCGCCCCAGACCGACGAGGAGACAAGACUGCGGAAGCACGCUGCCGGAACGCAGACCUCUUCACGUUCCUGACGUCGCUGCAGCCCUUUGUAUGGUGGGACCUGUCGCUGGGGACGGGCAACCUGAACCCCGAGGAGGAGACGGUGGUGGAGGUGCAGCACGAGAGUUGGGCGCAUCCCCGAUUGGCGUGGGCCUGCAGCGACGACGUGCUGUUCCGCACGGUCGCGGACGGACAGCGAGUACAUUCUGGCGACCCAGCCCUCCGACAAGGCUGCUGGGCGUCGCGCACGCUGUGGCCGAACCCGCUGCCGAUGCGGCCGCACAUUCACGUGCUGAUGGAGUGA